AUGCUCGACGCCGUGCGCAUCUUCACCAAGGGCGGCGUCGUGCUCUUCGCCUGGGAUCUGACGGGAUCUGGGACCCUCGGCGGCGGCGCGGGCGCGGGCGCGGGCGAUCCGAUCGACGCGCUCGUGCGCGAGUGUCUCCUCGAGGAGAGAGGCGGCGCCGACGAGUUCGCGCACGCCGCGGGCGGCGCCUCGCUCACGAUCAAGUGGACGACGCACAACGAGCUCGCGCUCGUGUUCGUCGCGGUGCACCAGCGCAUCUUACGCCUGACGCACGUGGACGACCUCCUCGCGCGGACGAGAGACGCGUUCUGCGCGCCGGACGGGCCGUACCUCGGCGGCGGCGAUGGAGGAGGAGGGGGAGGGCGGCCGGCGGACGUCCUGGGCCCGGGCCUGGGCGCGGCGGGGUACAACGACGCGUUCGUCGGGCCGUUCGAGGCGAUAAUGCGAGAGAGCGAGGCGGCGGCGGCGUCGCGGCGAGCGCCCAAGGCGGCGCCGAAGGCUUUCGACGCGGCGAAGAAGGCGGCGAAGCGAAACGACGCCUCCGGGAAAGCCGCCACGAGCGCGAGCGCGAGGGACGCCGACGGCGACUCCGACGGGGCCCGGAGCGAGCGUGAGCGUCAGCCCGCGACGUCGUCGACGAGCGCGGGGAAGAAGGACGAAGACGACCCGGGGAGCAGCGGGAACCUCUCGGGGGCGACGGGGGGAGACGACGGCGACGGCGGCGGCGGCGGCGGGAAGAAGAACGCGAAACGACCGAAAGAGAAGCGCGUGUGGGCGGAUACGAAGGGCAAGGCGAAGGACCUCGACUUUUCCGCGCGCGGCGACGGCGCGGACGGCGGGGACGCGCCGACGGAGGGUCCCGACGUGCAGCGCGUGGACAUCUCCGCGCCAUCAAGGGUGGACGCGGACGAUGACGACGACGCGUUAUCGUCCGAGGACGACGACGAGGACGACGAGGAGGAGGCGCGCUCUCUUGCGGCGGCGAUGAAUGCGUCGACCGCGCUCGAGGAAGAAGACCUCGCGCCCGUGCUCGAGACGCUGAAGACGAACUUCAUGAACAAGAACGUCGCGGAGGAGAUCGCGGAGCGGCUGUGCGAAUCCGUCGCCGCGUCGCUGAGGGGUCGAAAGCUCGCGUCGUUUUCGUCGCUGAGCGCGAUGGUCAAACGCGCGAUGGAGGACGCGCUGACGCGCAUCCUCACCCCGACGCGCUCCGUGGACGUCCUGCGGGAGGUCAAGACCGCGAAAGCGUCGGGGCGGCCGUACGUGAUCACCUUCGUCGGCGUCAACGGCGUCGGAAAGUCCACGAACCUCUCCAAGGUUGCGUACUGGCUCUUGCAACACGACGUCCGCGUCAUGAUCGCCGCGUGCGACACCUUCCGCGCGGGCGCCGUGGAGCAGCUCCGGACGCACUGCAAACGACUCGGCGUCCCGCUGUUCGAGCGCGGGUACGAGAAAGAUCCCGCGUCCGUCGCGUCCGAGGCGGUGAAGGCGGCGCGGCGGACGGGCGCGGAAGUCGUUCUCGUGGACACCGCGGGUCGGAUGCAAGACAACGAGCCUCUGAUGCGCGCGCUCGCGAAGCUCAUCAACGUCAACGAGCCGGACCUCGUGUUGUUCGUCGGCGAGGCGCUCGUGGGGAACGACGCCGUGGAUCAGCUCUCGAAGUUUAACGAGCGCCUCAGCGAUCUCGCGACGGACGCGAAGAAGAGGAGGGUGAUCGACGGCGUCGUGUUGAGCAAAUUCGACACCAUCGACGAUAAAGUAGGCGCGGCGCUGUCGAUGGUGUACACGAGCGGCGCGCCCGUGAUGUUCGUCGGGUGCGGGCAGACGUACACGGACUUGAAGCGUCUGAACGUGCGGAGCGUCGUGAAGUCGUUGCUGAGCAAGUGACUGAAGAAGCGAGGAGAUGGAAGAGAAGGAUGGAGUAGAACUACGUCGGCUAACUUUCUUUACCGAGGGGACGAAAAAAUACCGCC